AUGGCACCUACAAACAUCACAUUCAAAUCAAGGAGACAGCAAAAGAUUUGGGAGAGACAACGAAAAGAAGCUGAAGCGAAAAAGAAGACGUCCACAUCCUAUGUCAAUCAAGCACCUUUCCGUUAUGCUGAACGCAAUUUCAAGUCUCGAGUGCCUCCACCCGACUUUUCUCAAGUGGUUGAUUUCGAAAAGAUACAGGAUCAUAGCAAUAUCAUUGUGCCUGUUCAGCUGACAGACGACCUCAGACGACUAUCGUCUGUAUUCGGUCAAUGUGAGGCACCAUGCCGAGACGCCUACGUAUUGAAGAAUGUGCCUGGGCUGAUUAUCAUUCCCAAUGCAUUUACCCCGGCGGCUCAACGUAGUUUAAUUAAGCAAUGCUUGAGUGUGUAUCCAAAACCACCCAACACAUCCAACUUGGAUACACAUUACAUUAUACCUGAAACUGGCAUUUGGCCUCUCUAUGAAGCACAGGAGAACGGCACUUUGAAACCAACAGAUCCAGGCUAUCAUGUACCUAAAAAAGUGGUUGUGGAAAAUGCCAGCAGCACAUACAGUGAUGAUGAUGAGGAGGAGGUGAUGGAAAACAAAGAGGGAAAAGAACCGCCUAUAAUGGCACCCACAGCAUGCUCAGACGACUUUACACCUGUCAUUAACGAUCCCAAACCAGAUCCCUUACCAGCGCCUGGCGUGCCUCUCUUAUCACCCUCUGACAUGGUCAGAAAAAUGCGAUGGAUUACAUUGGGAUAUCAAUACCAUUGGCCCACAAAGACAUACCACCUCGACCGUCGUUAUCCAUUUCCGGCAGACGUAGCUGAUCUCACAAAAGCCGUAGUAACAGCUGUAGAAAAUAUUGGCCAUGAUGGUUGGAUCAAUCAGUACAAAGGAGAGGAUUUCAAUGCAGAGGCUGGUGUGAUUAACUAUUAUCAAUACCGAGAUACAUUGAUGGGACAUGUGGAUCGAAGUGAAAUGAAUAUGGAGGCACCUUUGGUAUCUCUUAGUUUGGGUCAAUCGUGCAUCUAUCUCAUUGGCGGUUUGACAAGAGACACUGUGCCAGUUCCGUUAUUGUUGAGAAGUGGCGAUAUUGUGGUUAUGACAGGUCCAUGUAGAAAGGCAUUUCAUGGCGUGCCCUUGAUAAUUGAAGACAGCUUACCAGAUUACCUGUCAAACAACAAUCAAUACGAAGAUACACCUGAUUGGAAGCUGUUUGGGGAUUUCAUGAGCACAUCUAGAAUCAAUCUGAACAUCAGACAAGUAUAUCCACGAAAUCAAAGCGACGAGACUGUACAAUAA